CGUCACAUGACCCAUUUGAAAUCAAUUUGAGAGGCGUCUUCAUAAACGCCCUUCAAUCUCUUUCUUUCAAACCCUAGAUCUCCGAUCUCACAUUUCUUCUUCUUUUUUUUAAAAAAAAAAAAUAUAAAAUCAAAAUCAAGCGAAAAUGAGAGAAUGCAUUUCUGUUCACAUCGGUCAGGCCGGAAUCCAAGUCGGUAAUGCCUGUUGGGAACUCUACUGCCUCGAGCACGGCAUUUCGCCUGAUGGCCAGAUGCCUAGUGACAAGACUGUUGGAGGAGGUGAUGAUGCCUUCAACACUUUCUUCAGUGAAACAGGAGCCGGGAAGCAUGUUCCCCGUGCUAUCUUUGUAGAUCUUGAGCCCACUGUCAUUGAUGAGGUGAGGACUGGAACAUACCGCCAGCUUUUUCACCCUGAGCAACUCAUCAGUGGGAAAGAGGAUGCUGCUAACAACUUUGCACGUGGACACUACACCAUUGGAAAGGAGAUUGUUGACUUAUGCCUUGACCGCAUCCGAAAGCUUGCUGACAACUGCACUGGUCUUCAGGGAUUUUUGGUGUUCAACGCUGUAGGUGGAGGAACUGGUUCCGGUCUUGGAUCUCUUCUGUUGGAGCGUUUGUCGGUUGACUAUGGAAAGAAGUCAAAGCUGGGUUUCACUGUGUAUCCUUCACCCCAGGUGUCUACCUCUGUUGUGGAGCCAUACAACAGUGUGCUUUCAACUCACUCUCUAUUGGAGCAUACUGAUGUUUCUGUGCUACUCGACAAUGAGGCUAUCUAUGAUAUCUGCAGGAAGUCUCUUGAUAUUGAGCGUCCCACUUACACCAAUCUUAACCGUUUGGUUUCUCAGGUUAUUUCCUCAUUGACCACCUCUUUGAGGUUUGAUGGUGCUUUGAAUGUGGAUGUUACUGAGUUUCAAACCAAUCUUGUGCCGUAUCCAAGAAUUCACUUUAUGCUUUCAUCAUAUGCUCCUGUUAUCUCUGCUGAGAAGGCAUACCAUGAGCAGCUGUCUGUUGCCGAGAUCACCAACACUGCUUUUGAGCCAUCGUCUAUGAUGGCUAAGUGUGAUCCUCGUCAUGGUAAGUACAUGGCUUGCUGUCUGAUGUACAGGGGAGAUGUUGCCCCCAAGGAUGUGAAUGCAGCUGUUGGUACCAUCAAGACCAAGCGUACCAUUCAGUUUGUGGACUGGUGCCCUACUGGGUUCAAAUGUGGUAUUAACUACCAGUCACCAACUGUUGUGCCUGGUGGGGAUCUUGCUAAGGUUCAGAGGGCAGUGUGCAUGAUUUCCAAUUCUACAAGUGUUGCUGAGGUCUUCUCCCGCAUUGACCACAAGUUUGAUCUUAUGUAUGCUAAGAGAGCUUUUGUUCAUUGGUAUGUGGGUGAGGGUAUGGAGGAAGGUGAGUUCUCUGAGGCUCGUGAGGAUUUGGCUGCAUUGGAAAAGGAUUAUGAAGAAGUCGGUCUUGAGUCGGGUGAGGGUGAAGACGAUGAUGAAGAGGAGUACUGAGUGGAUCAAUUCUGUUCGACCUGCUUGCUUAUCUUGAUCCUUUGUUCUAAAGUUACUCUGUCUGUUUUUUAGUACUUGUUAUGUCUCAUGACUUUUGUUAUGUUCUUGUUUUAGUCUUCAGACAAAUGGAUGGUAGGAGGUCAUUUAGCUACUCCUUUUGAAUUCUUGUUUAUCUGUUUGGCGUUGGCUACUCUGUGUAAUCUCCCUACCAGUUUUCAAUAUAUCUACUUUUAGCUUAAA